GGACCACCGGAGCCAUUUUAUUAUUAUAACAGCAAAGGUGCAGGUGCAUCAGUAUUUUUUUUUUUUAUAGUUACAGUUUUAAUUUUAGAGCUAACGACACCAUGGGGCAGUGCGGGAUUACUUCAUCCAAAACCGUUUUGGUUUUUCUCAAUCUCAUAUUCUGGGCUGCAGCUGGAAUUUUAUGCUACAUUGGAGCCUAUGUGUUCAUCACAUAUGACGACUAUGAUCACUUCUUUGAAGACGUGUACACUUUGAUUCCUGCUAUCAUAAUAAUAGCAGUUGGGACUCUUCUCUUCAUCAUCGGCCUGAUUGGCUGCUGUGCAACAAUACGUGAAAGCUCUUGUGGUCUGGCAACUUUUGCUGCCAUCCUCCUGCUGGUAUUUGUAACAGAGUGUGUGGUGGUGGUGCUUGGCUACAUAUACAGGGCAAAGGUAGAAGAUGAAGUGAAUCACUCCAUCCAGAAGGUUUACAACGAAUACAAUGGCACUAACACUGAUGCUCCCAGCCGUGCUAUUGACUAUGUGCAGAGGCAGCUUCACUGCUGCGGCAUUCACAACUACUCUGACUGGAGGAACACACGCUGGUUUAAAGAAUCAAAGAACAACAGUGUCCCAGUCAGCUGCUGUCAGCCCAGCAUCAGUAACUGUACCGGCACUCUCACUCGACCAGCAGACCUCUACCAAGAGGGUUGUGAAGCUCUUGUUGUGAAGAAGUUAAAGGAGAUCAUGAUGUAUGUCAUAUGGGCUGCACUCACUUUUGCAUCUAUACAGAUGCUGGGCAUGCUCUGUGCCUGCGUGGUGCUGUGCAGGAGGAGUCAUGACCCAGCGUAUGAGCUGCUAGUCACAACCAACAGCUAUGCAUGAAGGACGCAGCCACUCAAACAAAGCACUCAGAAAAUCAAAAGGAGCGUCACCGGACAUGUCCACAGUAGAUUUCAGCUGUAGUUAUAUAAGCUCAAGCACACCUUGCACAAUUCAUGAUAAAGUAGCAAACACUGAAGAUGUGGUUUGGGUGAGGGCUUCAAGGGGGAAACCAGUUAUUUAUUGACAUGCUUUGUAAGUUACUGUUACUUUACUGUUUUUUCUCUUACAAAUACUGAAAUAUUUACAGAAGCCAAAGUUUUUUGGCGAAUUGAAAUUAUUGAUGUUGAUGCAGUUUUUUUUUCUCCUUUUUAAUUGUGGCUUCAUAAAAUUUGGGCUCAUCUCCAGUGAGGAUGAUGAGAAGAAAUUUGCAGCAUGUGUGAAAUUAUGGUCAGGAGUAUUGGAAUGUAUUUCUUUCUGUGCUAGUUUGCACUAGGACUGGAGCUCUGGAGAUAUUUCAUGGUUGUUUAAAUGAAAAAAAUCUAUGCUAAAAAUAAUAUGUACAUUAUUCUUAAGAACUUGAUUUGACCAGACUUUGUGAAAAUGAAAAAACAUUUUUACCAUAGACAGAACAGAUUCACUGUUUUUAUCUCCGUCUACAUUUUAGUUUGUGGAGCAGCUCUGUGUUUUGUCUCUCAAAGCCAUGUUUGGUAGAAAGACUUCUUCAUAUUCACAAAUAUUCAGGCUGUGAAUAAUGUACAUUCUGUUUUGGUGUGGAUGUUCUUUCAAUAGGCUUCAUUAAUGAGCCAAUGCCAAUACAUAAAUUGUCAAUUAACCUUUUAGUCUCCAGUGCUAUUAGGAGUAUUAUCAGUGUUACCUGAAGACUUGUGUAUGUGUAGAAUCGUUUUGUUACAGUCAGACAAUUUCUCCUGUUUAGUUUGUUAGCUAUAAACCCGCUAUAAAAAAAAUCAUGACACAUUAUUUUCUACAUUUUUGUGAAAUUGUGCACUGUUUAAAUAUUUUUGAGCUGUUAUGUUGACCCCUAGAUAUUUAGCUAGUGCCACCGAAAAAGAAACAUUGCGCAUAGACUGGAAAUCAGGCAGGAGACAAAUAAACUCAUACA